GGCGACCUUCACACCGACGAAGGGGAACCUUGGAGGUGGAGGACAGGCGCAUAUAAGCAGCUCACCGUCGUCCAGAGCAGCAUCCACCCAUCCAACCACAUCCAACGCACAAACAUCAACACCCAAUGUCCCUCCCAGAACAAGUCGACGUCCUCGUGCUCGGUGCUGGACCAGCAGGGCUCGCCACCGCUUGCUCCCUGCUCGCACAUGGCACAGACAAGGAGAAGAUCGCCAUAGUCGACGCGAAGCCCGCACACGACCAGGCAUACUCCCGCGCGCUAGUGGUGCAUGCCAAGACGCUCGAGGUGUUGGAAAGGAUCGGCUGUGCGGACAAGGUCAUCGCAGCUGGCAAACCCUGCACAUCGAUCCGGUUCAACUCCCUCGCUUCUGGCCCCUUGUUACAAUACGACACCUCCGUCCUCAAGGGAAAGACGCAAUACCCCUUUGUAUGCGUGAUAGCACAGAGCGAGACGGAACGGGUGCUGUAUGCGCGGUUGAAGGAGAUGGGGGGCGAGGUGGUGUGGAGAAAGAAGGCUGUGGGGGUUAGGGAAGACGCGGAAGGGUGGAAAGUCGUCCUCUUCGAGGACGGGCGAGAGGUCAAGGCCCGCUACGUCGUAGGGGCGGAUGCAGCGCACUCUGUUGUCCGACAAGCAGCAGGCAUUCCCUUCCCCGACCCGUUCGACCAUACCGCGCACGCGACGUCCCUUCCCGCCGACAUAGACCACCCGAGCAAAGCCGACGAAGUCUUCUGUCUCGCCGACGUGCGCGUUUCCUUCCCCUCUUCUCCAAGCGGCAAGUUCUCCCUCCCGCAAGAGGGCGUCAACGCCUAUAUCUCCGAGCACGGGCCGGCUAUGUGGAUCCCAUUCGGCGAUCAGUACCGGCUUAUCGGCCAGGUCCUCUCCGGUGAAGCACCACGCGAGCCUACGAUAGAAUACAUGCAGCACAUGCUGGAAACGCGCUGUCCCGCCCAAGGCGUGAAGAUCACUGAAUUAGUAUGGAGCAAUAGGUUUUAUGUCAAGUUCCGGCUUGCGGAAAAGUAUUGGGAGGAACAUGUGCCUGGCACGCCCGUACAGGCUGUGGGAGCCAAGACAGGUCUGAUGAUAGUGGGUGAUGCGGCGCACGUUCAUUCUCCAAUGGGCGGGCAAGGCAUGAACCUGGGAAUAAGGGACUCGAUCUACCUGGGCCAAGCGAUCUCUCACGCCCUCUCCCCGACUCUUUCAGUGAGCGAAGCCCGAAGCCUCCUUUCCAGGUGGGCGACCGACCGCCACACCGCAGGCAAAAACGUCAUCGCACUCGUCGGGCAGGUCACGUUCUUUGCCGCCAACGCAGGGGGGAUGAUCGGCUGGGUGAGGGACUGGAUGAUGUGGCUUUUGGGCUGGGUGCCUGGGUUUAAGGCUAGGGCGAUGUGGAUGCUUAGCGGGCUAGGGGAGAAGGGCGGAGAGUAUUGAGUGAUGGGUGAGCUGUGCUCUGAAAACUUCCUCCGCGAGACACCGGUUGUAAGAUUCUGCUCGGAUUGUUCAGAUCCUUUUGCUGGUAUCAUUUAUUGAAAAUUAUC